ACUCGAAAACCGGAAACGUCCCUUACGGGCUGCCGUAUCUUACGAAAGCAAAGGUGAGUUAGCCUGUGUGCUAACUCUGCAUGUCUGCGUGUUGACAUUGAAGACGGAUAGUCUACAAAAACCCGAGUCUGCAGGUAUUCUGUGAAAGAUCAGGUAAGACAGACAGACAGGUGACUCUUAUUGAAUUAGUGGUUGCUGAGGAAACGUGAGGUUAAAACAAGAGAAAUGUGUUCAAAGAUGAAAGCUCUCACUGCUGACUGACAGGCUGCAAACUAAUCAGGAAAUAAAUAACAGAGAAAAUGACAACUUUUUAACUGUCAAACCAGAGAUACCGAAGGCUCGGAUCAAACCCUCCUUUACUGUGUUGAUACUGAAAGAAUGAAACAAUAACAAAUAAUACAGAAUUGUGUCUCAGUCACUGGGUUGAAAGCAUCUAAGUUUGUGUUUCAUAUUCUCAUACAUUCAGAUGUCAAACUGAGAAUUUCACCCUGUACUUUAUGAGCACUGCACUAUAACAGUGACACAGUAUUCAGAUAUUAAAGUCUCAAAGUAUUAAACAAGAACUUCUGACCUAAACAAAGCUGUCCACUACAGAGAUUUAGCUCUUUAAAUUUGGACUUUUUAACAUCAUAUUUGUUCAACAUGUAGUGUUACUUAUUGUGGAUAUUUUCUAUGCUAAGUUUAAAAAUAAGGCUGCUAUGGUCACACUUGCACUAUUUAUAGGCAUUAAAAAAUUAAAGAGUUUUUAAAGACUCUUCCUGGUCAGUAUUUUGCUGUAAAACCUCUUCUAACUUCUUGUACUUAUGUCUUUUAGGAUCCUCAAUAUGAUCACUGGAAAGCGCCUGGCUGACAUCGGCUAUCGGACCUUCUCAGCCUCCAUGAUGCUUCUGACGGUCUAUGGGGGCUACCUGUGUACAAUGCGAGGAUACCGCUACAUGCAGAAGCAAAACCAGCUGCAACUGGCAGCAGAAAACCAGGACCCUGAAAUCGUCAAAGACUGAUACUGGAUGGACUGCUCUUCUUUGUUUGCACUGAUGUGGACAUUACCCAUUCCUCUUCUAUAUUCGUCCAUCACUAAAUAAUAAGGAUGAUGAAUCUUCUCUGAACGUUUGUCUGAUUUCAGUAAGGGUAUUCGGCUCACUCAAGGAAGAUGUUUUGUUGUAAGAGCUUCGCCAAACAAAUUUACUGAGAACAUAUUUGCAUCAAUGACCUGCAUUAAAUCCAUGUAGGGCUGGUGUGUUUCAGAAAAGAAGAUGGCUGUAAUUGUUUGUAUUAUAUUAAAUUAAAUGCCUUUAAACACAAUAA